ACGCGAAUCUCGGCUCAGGAUCCUUCCAUCGGCUCAGGUACAAGAUGCUCUACCUCGCCUUUGCGCCGUAACUUUACUUCUCGCCGCUGUAUUGGUGACGCCGCUGGGGGAAGUAGCGGAGGCAGCUGAAGGCGGAGGACGCGUUGGCGGUCAGGUGUUUCAGCGGUCUCAGAAAGCCAAGGACCGGAAACCAGACAGCUCACGGACGGCUAAAUCGCUACCGCCCCAAUUGAAGAG